UUUAAUUCUGGGUAGACCAGAGACUGAAAAGUCACCUUUAUAUUUAAAAACUGUUUAUGCAUAUGAAUUAUCUCAAAAGUUAGAGGUAAUUCAUCAAUUUGCACGAAAUAAAUUAAAACUGUCAAGCGACAGGAUGAAAAGAAAUUAUGACAUUUCAACAAAAAUGCAGAAAUUUGAUGCAGGAGAUCCAGUGUGGUUGCACAAUCCUCGUCGUGUAAAGAGGUUGUGUCCAAAAUUACAAAAUAAUUUGGAAGGUCCAUAUAUUGUGGUAGAUAAACUUAAUGAUGUGAUAUAUCGUAUACAGAAAGGUCCAAAGACCAAACCUAAAGUAGUGCACCAAGACAGGUUGAAGCUCUAUCUUGGGGAAAAUGUUCCAAGUUGGUUUAAAUAGAUAUGAUGGAUAUGAGGGGAAGUGAAACCCUAAAAUUCCAUAUAUCUAUCCAGUAUAGUACAGUUUUUAGUUAUUUUAUAGAAAUAUAUAAAAUCAAUUAGCGAGAUUUUAAAGGAAAUGUUCCUUUUUAUAAUUGCAGGUCACAGUAAUACCUGUGGAAUUUGCCUAGAUUUCACUUUCAACCAUUCAAUAAUAUGCAAAAGGCAUAUGACAGAACAACAUAGUGGGUUUGGUUGGAGGUGUGAGGAGUGUAGGUUGGUGGUCAGCCGUAGAGCUGCCCACAAGAAGUGUGAGGGAAUGUUGAAGUUAAUCAACAGGACAACAAUGACUUGUACCAAAGAGGAGGAGGAUCAAUUCCUUCUGUUCCAAAGACAGAGAGAGGAAAAAAUGAUAACGGAGAAAGUGGACAAGGAAGAAAAAAAGGAGCUGCAGAAAGAUAGCAAAAAGAGGUCUCACAGGAAGGAACAGGACCAGGGGACAAAGAAGCAGAGGACAGUACUUGGGAACUUGUAUGUGGAGAAUAAUAUGGUAUUUGGGGAUGGAGGGGAGAAAAAGAAGAAGGAAGUUAAGAAGGUGCAGGAGAAGAAGAGAACACCAGAGGAAGAAAGGGAGAGAAAGGAGAAGAGGGAUGAAAAAAAGAGAAGGAAGGAAGAAAAAGAAGUGGAGAAGGAGAGUAAGAAAGGAAAAGAGGAUGAGACGGAGAAGAAGAAAGAAGAAAAGGAGAAGAAGAAGGAGAAGAAGAAGGAGAAGAAGAAGGAGGAGAGGGCAAUACAGUAUUACCUUAGAAAAGCCCAAUGA